CCUUUUUCUUUAUAAAACCCCACCAAGAUUCAUCACCAUCAUUACUUCCAUAGCAAGACACCUCCAACGAACCACUAACCACCCGCAACAACAACGCGAACCAGAAAGCCCCAUGAGCUUAUUACCAGAAGGCUGCAUCGCCAACGUCAUCUCCUGCACCACCCCCCGUGACGCCUGCCGCUUGUCUUUGGUUUCUUCCAUUUUCAAGUCCGCCGCCGAAUCCGACGCCGUUUGGGAGCGCUUCUUGCCCCCCGAGUACCAGUCCAUCAUUUCUAAGUCCUCCCCUUGCCCGCCGUCGUCGUCUUCUCCGUCUUCUUUGCUGUGUUUGCCUUCGAAGAAGGAGCUCUUUCUCAGCCUCUGUGACCACCCGAUUCUCAUUGAUGAUGGGAAAAAGGCCUUUUCCUUGGAUAAGCAGAGUGGGAAGAAAUGUUACAUGAUAUCUGCUAGGGACCUCAUCAUUGUGUGGGGUGAUACUCCCACAUAUUGGAGAUGGACUUCUCUUCCUGGCACGAGGUUCCAAGAGGUUGCUGAGCUUAUAUGUGUGUGUUGGCUUGAGAUACGUGGAAAGAUUAGUACUUGCAUUCUGUCCCCAGGGACACAUUACACGGCUUAUCUCGUGUUCAAGCUGACGGCAGGGUCUUAUGGGUUUGAAUGUCAACCUGUAGAGGUUAGUAUUGGACUUGUGGGAAGCGAAAGCCAAAAGCGAUCUGUCUAUUUGGAUGCAAUAAGAGGGCGGAGAAUGCAAUAUCGGUUAGGGAGGCGUGUUGGUCUAUUUAAUCGCAGCCGCAGUUUGGGAUGGCAGGAAUCUUUGCCGAGAGAGAAUGACGACCAUCAUCCCAAGGAAAGAGGAGACGCGUGGCUUGAGGUUGAGUUAGGUGACUGUUACAAUGCAGGAGAUGAAGAUGGUGAAUUGGAAAUGAGUAUUUUGGAGGUGAGGGCUGGUGACUGGAAGGGUGGUCUCAUUGUUCAAGGAAUCGAGAUAAGGCCAAAGCAGUAGAUAAAUAGGUGAUCUUCUUCCUUAAGUAUUGCCUAUUGGUGUGGAAGAGAGCAGAAUCAGAGGUUGAAGUUUGUUUAUGGUCUUGUUCUCCAAUAAGUCAUUUUGUUUUGUGUGUUCGCAAUAGCAAGAAAUAUAAUAAAUCCCUGAAUUUGUGUUUAAAGGGAGACUUUUAGAUAAUUGGAGAAGGGUUUAACUAUUAGCUAAGGUAUCGGCUGGCAACAUUACCAUGCCCGGGGACCACCGGUUCUUAGAAACCGUCAAAUUGAUACCUUAUCUGUUUUCAUUUAUAAAGCUAAUCUACAUUUGUGCUACCAUUGCACAUUUAAGAUGAUAA